AGAUGCUGGGCAGGCUAGACGACAACAAAAUGCUGCCACGCUUGCUGUGUGCAAUGUGGCUUGAGGCAUGUCUACACUGCAGGACGCAGCCAGGAGAUGACUAGACCAGCAUGGAAGUAUUGCCGGGCGCCUUUGCAGGCUGCCAGAGCAUGGACGAGUGGGACACAGCUCGAUACCUGCUCCCGAACGCAAUUGCGCCAAGACUUCUUCGUCGUCGCCUGGCUCCUGCAAUGUGCCCGACCGUGUCCACGUACUUAAGACUUUGCCACCUAGGCUGCUUCGGUCCGCUUCGACAUGCGCCUGCGGCUUGUCCAGGUGCUCCACCGCCAUGGCGACCGGUCGCCGCUGCACAACGUGUUUGCGGGCGUGCCAUGGCGUGCGUCCAAGGAAGAUGCGCUCUGGGCGCCCAAGCUCCAUGCGCCCGCGACCGGCGUCUACGGCCAGCUCACGACUCUCGGCGUUGACCAAAUGCGAGCCCGGGGCGACCAACUCCGCGAACAAUGCCUGUCGCAAGGAUGGACGCUGCGUGAUGAACGUAUGGACUUGAAGGUGCUGAGCACGCCGUACGACCGGACGCAGCAGAGCGUGCUGGCGCUGCUCUCGCGCUUGGCCCCGCACGCCGCCGCGAUGAGCGACGUGCACGUGCUUCCUCGGCAUCUCAACUUUAUCAACGCGUACAGCGCCAACGGCGACGUGAUCAUUCCGCUCAAGAUGCAGCUCAUCGCCGACCACCCCGAGUACGCCAAGGACGAUGCGCGCGUUGAGCCGCUCAAGCAAGAGCUCAUGCAUCGACUGCCCAUGUUCCGCGAGGGUGGCGAGGCCUUUACGUGGAUGAAGGCGGCCGACCACUUCAUUUGCCGAGAUGCCCACGCCCUCCAGUGCCUUCCAGAGACGCAGGAGCUUGCGGCGCCUACCAUCGACCACCUCUCGCUGCGAUUCCACCAGUACUAUACAGACCCGACCAUUCUGCGUCUCGUCGCCACGGGGCUGGCCACCGAGCUGCUCGACCAAAUGGAGCGGCGCAUGGACGGUGGCGCGACCAGUGCCAAGGAAGCCAUUCGCAUCUACAGCGGCCACGACGUCUCGCUUCUUGCGCUGCUGUACGCGUUGGAUGCAUCGUUGGUGCACCCGUUCUGGCCCGACUACAGCGCGGCGGUCGUGCUCGAGCUGCUUCAGGACGGACCCGACUGGCUCGUGCGCGUGACGCUCGACAAUGACGUCGUCGUGCCCCUCGUGCCCUUUUCCGUCUUUGCGAGCGCGUUGCGGCAAAAGACGCUGUCUUAAAUCCAACGAUACGACGAGAUCUGCUGUCA